AUGUCUGCGAUACCUGAUCUCCCCGUCCCUCUCCCGAUCGCCGGUUCGGCGCUGGUAGCCACGCUCGCAUAUCUAAAUGCAAAAUUCUCUCUAUUCCAAGACAAGCAUUCAAUCUCGUCCAUGCUCAGUAUAGCUAGUAACUCCAAGUCCUCUGAGCGAACCGACCGGGUCAAUUUCUUCUAUGUUCUGGAGCAGCAUGCCCGCGAUCCGAAAACCAAGGAUCGGCCGUUCAUCGUCUACAAUGGACAAAGCUGGACAUAUCACGAAACGUACGUGCUGGCGCUGCGCUAUGGCACCUGGUUCAAGCAGGUUCACGGAGUCAAGUCCCGGGAAGUCGUCGCCAUGGAUUUCAUGAACUCCUCGACGUUCGUCUUUAUCUGGAUGGGUCUCUGGAGUAUUGGCGCUGCGCCCGCCUUUAUCAAUUACAAUCUGACAGGGCAGCCUUUGACACAUUCGGUUCGGGCCUCAAGCGCACGACUGCUACUCGUUGAAGAUGAGCUUCGCCAGAAAUUCACGUCCGAACAACUAGAGCUGUUUGCUUCUCCUGACUUCCGGGACGGAGGUGAUUCGGUCAAUCUGGUCUUCUUCACCCCAGAAGUCGAGGCUCAGAUCCUCGGAAUGGAGCCUACGCGGGAGGACGACACAGCUCGGAGCGGUACUCAGCUGCGCGACAUGGCCACGCUGAUCUACACCAGUGGAACUACCGGCCUGCCCAAGCCUGCGAUUCUUCCUUGGAGGAAAGUCUGGGCUGGUGCUGUAAUGACCAAUACCUGGCUGAAGAUGACCAAGGAUGACCGGAUGUUCACGUGCAUGCCUCUUUAUCACUCAUCCGCAGCCAUCCUCGGUCUCAUGCCGUGUUUGUGGACAGGAUCGGCCUUGAUCAUCGGUCGCAAGUUCUCUGCUCGCAGCUUCAUGCGGGAAGCCGGGGAGAAUGAUGCAACUAUCGUGCAAUACGUGGGUGAAACCAUGAGAUACCUCUUGGCAGUACCGCCCGCCAUCGAUCCCGUCACCGGGGAAAACCUAGACAAGAAGCAUAAGAUUCGCCUGGCUCUAGGCAACGGUCUGCGUCCAGACAUUUGGAACCGGGUGAAGGAACGGUUCAAUAUCCCUACGAUUGCCGAAUUCUACGCCUCUACCGAAGGCCCAGGCGGCUUGUUCAACAUCUCCUCCAACGACUUUACUGCGGGUGCAAUUGGCCGUAGCGGGUUUCUCACCAGCAUGAUCAUCGGUCGCAGUGUCGCCAUUGUUGAAGUUGACCAAGAAACCCAACAACCCUGGCGCGACCCCAAGUCCGGUUUCUGCAAGAAGGUCCCACGGGGCGAUCCGGGCGAGUUGCUAUAUGCACUCAACCCGCAGGAUCCCGGAGAGAACUUUGUCGGUUAUUACAAGAACAACAAAGCCACGGAUGGCAAGAUACUCCGCGACGUGUUUCGCAAAGGUGACGCCUACUACCGAUCCGGAGACUUGAUCCGAUGGGACAAAGACGGUCGGUGGUACUUUUCCGACCGUCUAGGUGACACCUUCCGAUGGAAGAGCGAGAACGUCUCCACCAGCGAGGUGGCCGAGGUGCUGGGCGUGCAUCCGGAAGUGCACGAAGCCAACGUCUACGGGGUGGCGUUGCCAAAUCAUGACGGUCGUGCUGGCUGCGCUGCCAUCGUUCUUCAGCAACAGACACGCUCUGAGGAUCAGACAGUGGUUCUCCCUCCAUCUGAAGAGAGUCUAAACAGCCUGGCUGCGCAUGUGGUGAAGAAUCUUCCGCGUUUUGCUGCUCCACAGUUUCUCCGAAUCACGGCUGAGAUGCAGGCUACGGGGAAUAACAAGCAGCAGAAGCAUACUCUCCGGACACAGGGAGUGGAUCCUGCGCUGGUUCCGGCGAGUGACCGGAUGUACUGGCUCCAGGGGAACCAGUAUGUGCCGUUUGAGGCGAAGGAUUGGGACCGACUACAGGCUGGGCAGGCCAAGCUGUAG